AAUUCAAAAUAUUUUUAAUCAUGUUUAGGUCUAGAUUUUGCAAAAGCUUUACGUUUAUAGUCAACGGUUUACCAAAAGUAGCUCAAUUUUCCAAACGCAGCUCCGCUCGUUGCGAUGUCAGUACAUACGAAAGCCUAGUCAAUCAAAAUAAACCUUGCAGUUCGCCCGAUAAACCGAAUAAGCAGCCUCCCGGGAAGUCACCCGAAUGUUUAUCUGGCAGACACGGUUUCCAUAAUGACACAGAGAAUUCUUUAAACGACCAAAUAGCAGCAGAAUUUCAGGCCUGCUUCACGUAUUUGUCCAUGGCUUGUUAUUACGGAAAAACCGAGGUAUCACUGCCGGGAUGUCAGGGUUUUUUCAUGACGAUGCACAGACAUGAGCAUGAACACGGUAUCACAUUAAUGAACUAUAUACUAAUGAGAGGCGGUACCGUUCGUGUUCCAAACAUUUCCGUGGAUAGUCAGAGCUGGAACGACGUGAGGAAAGCUCUCGGCGCGGCUUUGGAAUUAGAAUGCUACGUAAAAGAGAAAUUAACGGAGGUCGUGGGGAUUGCAGAACGCCACAAGGAUUUUCAUCUGGUCGAGUUUAUUUCUCAAGACUUCUUGCGAGAACAGAACGAAUCGAUAUGCACAUUGGCAAGACUGCUAGCGCGUUCGAAGUCGAUGAUUGACACGAGCGUCGGCGAAUACUUAUUCGAUCGCCUUUUAUUCGAAUCGUUCGUCGUGAAUUCGAAAGAAAAUCUAAUGUAUCUGAGAAUGCUGAAACGACAAAACAGCGAGGACGGGGUGUAUAAAUAAAACCGA